GCCUAACACCGUUUGUUUUUACCUCUUUCGUCUGUCGGGCAGCUCGUUUAGUUUGUUUAUUUAAAUCUAACGGUUGGAGCUGCACGUGCGGUAGCGGAGUGCGACAGGUUUCUGUAUUCACCGGCUCAACAGAUGGUCCCCUUUCUGCCCUCACCUGUGGUUUCCUACCCUAACUGCUGAUGGUCACCCAGUCUCCUGUGAAUAUUUUACUACUAGCAACCUGUGAGGUGACAACCUUCUGGAAUGCCUGCUCCAGAAAACUUCCUCCCUGUCAAAUGUUGCUGUGUGCCCAGUUUCCCCUCAAGGUCUGGAUUGUGGUUAGCCACCUUGGACUUGUGCUAUUUUCUAUUGCAAGAUAAAACAUUACUUUAUUUUUGAUGAAAAACAGACUAGAAAAAUAAACAAUGUUUAUUCAAAAACCAGCCAAUUGCAAUUUUCUUUACAUAUAAUCUCAUGGUUAAAGCAAAUAUUGGGUGCUCCAGCCAAUUAAGAUGGUAUGUGAGCUGUAUCCUCCUGUUGUAUCUUCCGGAUUUCUGUUACCAGGAGCAGUUCGAACUUGGAAUAAGUGAGACGAAUGCUUCAUUUCACAUGGGAGACGGCAGGUCCAAGUCACGGUAUGAAGAAAGGACCCUGUGGGAUUAAUUUUUCACAUUUCUCAUUUUGGAUGUAUGGUCCAAACAGUGAAAGAUGACUUAAGAUUUUGGAGCUUUUAAUUUAAGUGUGGCGGGAUGCUAAUUGAAGCACGGUUGUGUGCCUGACUGAAUGAAACUGACUGCAUUCUUUGCAAAAAAAAGUUGUGAUCCUGAGAUUGACCCAUUUUCCGUAGCUGAACUGCAGUGCUCACUUUUCAAAACUGCUGGUAACUAAGAUGGAGUGUAACUCUAUUCCUCACUAGACCUGUCAGCAACAGCUAAGAAAUUCAACACCAACAAAUUAAGCACUGGCAGUCUUGUGGAGUGCUGCUAAAAGAGCAUGAGAAAUAGUCAGAAGUGAAGUUAACAAGAUAAAUAGUAGUUGACAUCCCAGUACCUGUACGACUGGAAUCCCAUAAUUUCGAUCAGGGCAGCAAACUAAAGGACAAAGUAUUACCAUUUUGUAUUGUAUGUUCUUUUUCUCCCCCUCUUUUGCUUUACUGCUGUCAAGUAACAGGGUUGGCCUUUGCCUGAAAAUUCUUCUGUAAAUUGAAUUAAACCUGUACUGUAAUAAAAUGUUUGGGUUAAUGGAAACAGCUGACUUGGCUGUUGUAGGAUUUUAUUUUGUUCUUGUAUUGUGCAUUGGCUUUUUUGUGAUGUGGAAGACCAACAGAAGUACUGUGAGUGGGUACUUUCUUGCAGGACGCUCCAUGACCUGGAUAGCAAUAGGUGCUUCAUUGUUUGUAAGCAAUAUUGGCAGUGAGCAUUUUAUUGGGUUAGCAGGAUCCGGGGCAGCCAGUGGGUUUGCAGUGGGAGCUUGGGAGUUGAAUGCAAUGUUGAUUUUACAAGUAUUAGGUUGGAUUUUCAUUCCUGUCUAUAUCAGGUCUGGUGUAUAUACCAUGCCAGAAUACCUUUCAAAACGUUAUGGUGGUAACAGAAUAAAAAUCUAUUUUGCAUUGUUGUCCUUGCUGUUAUACGUUUUCACAAAACUUUCCAUCGAUCUGUAUGCCGGCGCACUGUUUAUCCGGGCGUCACUUGGCUGGGACCUGUAUCUUUCUAUCGUCGUUCUGAUUGCAUUGACUGCAGUGUUAACUGUUACAGGAGGACUUGUGGCUGUCAUCUACACAGAUGUCCUGCAGGCCAUUCUUAUGAUUGGUGGAGCUUUAACACUGAUGAUCGUAGGAAUGGUUAAGGUGGGAGGUUUUGAGGAACUCAAACGGCGAUAUAUGUUGGCCUCACCAAAUGUUACAGCAGUCAUUGCUACUUUCAAUCUAACCUCUGUCAAUGCUUGCCGCAUUCACCCUAAAGAAGAUUCUUUAAAGAUAUUACGUGAACCAACUGAUGAAGAUAUUCCUUGGCCUGGUUUCCUGUUGGGUCAAACACCAGCUUCUGUUUGGUAUUGGUGUGCUGAUCAAGUCAUUGUGCAGCGUGUCUUGGCAGCAAAGAACAUUGCUCAUGCCAAAGGAGCUACCUUAAUGGCUGGUUUUUUGAAACUCUUGCCCAUGUUUAUCAUAGUCGUACCUGGCAUGAUUUCCAGAGUUCUCUUUACUGAUGAGAUUGCUUGCAUUAAUCCGGAGCAUUGUAUGCAAGUAUGUGGCAGCAGAGCAGGUUGCUCAAACAUUGCCUAUCCACGACUAGCGUUGGGAAUCUUGCCAGUAGGUCUUCGUGGCCUAAUGAUGGCAGUCAUGAUAGCAGCAUUAAUGAGUGAUUUGGAUUCUAUAUUCAAUAGUGCCAGCACCAUAUUUACUCUUGAUGUUUACAAACAUCUUCGAAAGGCUGCCAGUUCUCGUGAACUGAUGGUAGUAGGUCGUCUGUUUGUUGUCUUCAUGGUAGCUGUAAGCAUUGCCUGGGUUCCUAUAAUUGUAGAGAUGCAGGGAGGACAAAUGUACCUCUAUAUUCAAGAGGUAGCAGAUUAUCUCACCCCACCAGUGGCAGCCCUGUUUCUUCUUGGUAUUUUCUGGAAGCGCUGCAAUGAGCAAGGGGCUUUUUGUGGAGGAUUGGUUGGAUCUGUUUUGGGAAUUACACGCUUGAUUUUGGCAUUCAUAUAUCAUAUGCCAGAAUGUGAUCAGUUUGACACCAGACCAAAUUUUAUCAGAAACAUUCACUACAUGUAUGUAGCAGCAGUUUUAUUUUGGGCCACUAUUAUUACAGCUGUAAUAGUGAGUCUGCUGACCCCUCCUCCUUCCAAAGACCUGAUUUGCAGCACCACAUUCUGGGCAUUAAAAGACACAGAAAUCAUUGAAAGUGGUCAGAAAGAAGAAUCUGAUAAAUUAACAGAAAGAAGUCUGGCAAAAUGUAGUGACAGUGUUAGAUGUGCAGACAGUUCUGAUUGUAAGCAGAAAGAUGAUGAUUCGUCUCCACUGACUGCUCAAAUAGAAUUAGUUCUAUUGAUGCCUGGAAGUGGUGAGUCCAAAUCUAUGAGCCCUUCGUGUGUUGCUGAAGAUCAGAUGCAAAAUGACUGCUAUGUAAAUGGCCAAACAACUACUGAGGACCAAAUGAACAAAGAGGAACAUGACUUGCAAAGGAAAAACAUUUGGUGGAGAUAUUUUGAUAAAUGUUGUGGAAUCAAAAGUUACAGUGUGAAAAAAUCAGCAAAAGAUCCUGUAGAAAAUGAAGCUAUUUGCUUACAAAUGUUGCAGGAGAGCCCAAAAAUUAAAUUUAUACUGAAUUUUGGACUUCUUGUUGUAUGGUCUGUUGGCAUAUUCAUGUUUAUCUAUUUUUCUCUGUAA